UUUCCCUCUCUCUUCCUCUCUCUUCCCCCCUCUCUCUCUCUUCUUGUUCUCCUACUCUCUCCCUCUGUGUUUCUCUUCAUUUCUCUUUCUCACUCCCUCAUGCUCUGUACAUCUCUUUCUUUCUCGCUCUGAUUUGCCUCACCACGUCUAUCACUCUCUCUGUUUCCCUCUCUCCUCUCUCCUCUCCUCUUCUCGGUAUGGUGAGGAUGACUCUGGGAGCUCUGGCACUGUUUGUAGCUGUGUGUGGAGUGUCCAGUUUUGUGUUGCUGGGGGUGGCUAUAGGGACAGACUACUGGUACCUCAUAGAUGUCGCUCAGAGGGAAAACAUCUCCAACCUCUCUCUCAACUCACACUCAGGACUAUGGAGGACCUGCAACUCCCAGAAGCUCUGUCAGCCAUUCGUCAACCCGUUUGAAGGCGGACAAAACCUCACAGACUCUUACAGACAACUUUUAAAUAUGCACGGGACAUUCAUGGUGUUGCUUCCUCUCAGCAUGAUCAUCAUGGUUGUCGGGGGACUGAUGGGGUUCAUCGGCCUGCUGGCCAGAGCUUACCUACUACUGCUGAUGACUGGUGUACUGUUACUACUGGGAGCUCUGUCCUCACUAACAGGGGUGAGUGUGUACAUGGCCUACUCUGCUGCAGUCUUCCAGGAGGCUCUGUGUCUGGCUGAGCAGAUGGGGGUCAAUAUGGAGGGGGUCCAGAUCCUGUUUGGCUGGUCUCUGGUCCUGUCCUGGAUCUCUAGUGGAACACAGCUAUUCACCUCCGCUGGCUUCCUGCUGGCCUGCAGAACCAUCACUACACAGAGACAGGAACUGAAAUUAUGAGACAUGGAGG